AUGGCCUCCCAAGCUGUCAAGAAAGCCAUUACCGAGGCGGCGUUGCAGUACAAAAAGCCCGAGGGCAAGGUCUUUGAAUAUGGCACCGCAGGGUUUCGCAUGAAAGCCUCUCUGACCUGGUGGGCUAUAACCAGUGACCUCCUCAACACCGUGGUUUUUGCUGUGGGCUUGCUUGCAAGCUUGCGCUCAAAAAAGCUCAGCGGACAAUGGAUCGGUAUUAUGAUUACCGCCAGUCACAACCCCGCGGAGGACAAUGGUGUCAAGUUGGUUGACCCGAUGGGUGAGAUGCUCGAAGCUGAAUGGGAGGCAUACGCAACAAGAUUGGCCAAUGCCCCAUUGGAUAAGAUUGCAGAUGUCUACGACGAGCUUGUCAAGGAGAUUGAUGUGAAGGUCACCAACCCUGCCCGCGUGGUCUUCGCCCGUGACACCCGUGCUUCCGGCUCCCGCCUGGCUGGCGUGCUCAACGCCGCUCUGACCGCCACCGAUGUCGAGUUUGUGGACUUCAAGUUCAUGACCACCCCUCAGCUGCACUAUGUUGUCCGCUGUAAGAACACCCUGGGCACACAAUAUGAGUACGGUGAGCCCACCGAGCAGGGAUACUAUGAGAAGCUUGUCAACUCCUUCCAGAAGGUGAUGCGGGGUGUCAAGGUCCAGGGCUCCUUGACCGUUGAUUGCGCCAACGGUGUCGGUGGCCCCAAGCUGCGGGAGCUCAUGAAGACCCUUACCGGAAUUGACAUCAAGGUUGUGAACGACGACGUGAUCAACCCCGAUGCCUUGAACUUCGACUGUGGUGCCGAUUACGUUAAGACCAAGCAGCGUGCUCCUCCUUCAUCAAAGGCCGGCACCCUUGAUCGCUGUGCCUCCCUCGACGGUGAUGCCGAUCGUCUGGUGUACUACUUCCAGGAUGAAAGCAACGUUUUCCGUCUUCUCGACGGAGACCGUAUCGCCACCCUCGCAGCCUCUUUCAUCGGUGACCUUGCCCGCAACGCCGGCAUCGCCUCCAAGCUGAAGAUCGGUGUGGUGCAGACCGCCUACGCCAACGGCUCCAGCACAGACUACAUUGAGAAAGUCCUCAAGCUCCCCAUCAUCUGCACCAACACCGGUGUGAAGCACCUUCACCACGCAGCCCUGCGCUUCGACGUCGGUGUUUACUUCGAGGCCAACGGCCACGGCACCUCUCCCGCACAGCAGCACGCCCUCGAGAGCCUCCAGGCUCUGACCGACCUGAUCAACCAGGCCGUCGGUGAUGCGCUGUCUGACAUGCUCCUUGUCGAGGCCAUCUUGGCUCACAAGGGCUGGUCUCCCAAGGAGUGGCUCGGUACCUACACCGACCUGCCUUCCCGUCUUGUGCGUGUCGAAGUCAACGACCGCUCUAUCUUCAAGGCUUAUGAUGCCGAGCGUAAGCUCGAGUCUCCUGCUGGUCUGCAGGGCACUAUUGAGUCCCUCCAGUCCCGCUAUAACAAGGGCCGUAGCUUUGCCCGUGCCAGUGGAACUGAGGAUGCUGUCCGUGUUUAUGCUGAGGCUGCUAGCCGCUCUGAGGCAGAUGAUCUCGCUACCCGCGUUGCCAACGCCGUCAGUGAGGCUGGCAGCGCUUAA